CAGGCUAACCUUCUUAAAAGCAAUAGCUUCUGAUUUUUUCUAAUUUCUUUCCUCAACUGUUAGGUUAAACUGGAGAGAAAGAGCAGAGUUUUUCUGAGGGCCUUGCCUCAUCACCGUUUUGCAGAGAAGAAAACUGGAGUUCACAGACAUCAAAGCUUUAGCACGUCAGAGGCUCCUAACGCAUUAGGCGUGAGGCAGGAUCCGAAGCCAGCUCUGUCUUCCACUGAACGUAAGCUGUCCCUCCGAUGCAAAGGCCUGGAGUGCGGUCCAUAGAGGAGUAAGAAGAAGAAGGACCUGCAUAACAGACCUGAGAAGAGUGAGCGAGUUUCUGGAAGAGCUGCUGGCUGGCUCUAGAAGAUGUGGAGAAGACAGCAGGCCCUGCCAGAAAAGAGCAGCACCCAACAGAUAUUCCAAGCACAAUUCAUGGCCUGGAAGACCAUGUGCCAGGGGAAGAAAGCAAAAAUGGAUGCAGACCUGAAAACAGACCUCAGUAUUGCCCAGUUCAGGGAAAACGGGAUUAUAACACACUUGCCCUGUCUCACCUGCUGUGUCGACUCUUUGACCCGGUUUUUCCUCCUGGGCUGCCCUCCACCCAGCCACCCAGCACUCCCUCAGGCAGUCCCCACACCAUGGUUCACGUCCGUGGGUCGUGAAUGCAUCUCAGAGGCUGAGAAUGGUAUGGAGGAGAAAAAGAAGGCCUGCAGGUCGCCGACAGCCCAGCCUCCCACCCCAUCCAGUGAGGCCGAGUCCCCAGACCAGAAGAGACUCAUCUGCCUGCGGUCAAAAUCCAAUUUUGAUGGUGCCUCUUUAGCAAGUGAUAAGAGCGACUGUAAAACAGAAAGCAAAAGCGACUCUAAGGCGGACAGGAAAAAGUCUUCUUCUUCCAGCCAGUACAAGGCAAAUAUGCAUUUCCACAAGUUGUUUCUUGACGUCCCAACCGAGGAACCACUGAGGCAAAGUUUUACCUGUGCUUUACAGAAAGAGAUUCUGUACCAAGGGAAGCUCUUUGUGUCAGAAAACUGGAUCUGUUUUCAUUCCAAGGUCUUUGGAAAAGACACUAAGAUCUCCAUCCCGGCUUUCUCCGUGACCCUGAUAAAGAAAACCAAGACUGCCCUUCUGGUGCCAAAUGCCCUGAUUAUAGCGACAGUCACGGACAGGUACAUAUUUGUGUCCUUACUCUCCAGAGAUUCAACUUACAAACUACUAAAAUCUGUGUGUGGCCACUUGGAUAGUAUAAGUGUUGGUAACAGUCCCAGUCCGUCUUCUCUUGAAAACAGUUUCCGGGUAGAACACCCUUCAUCUCUGCCUCUGGAUUUCAACGAUGAAUUCUCAGAUCUGGAUGGAGUGGUUCAACAAAGAAGGCAAGACAUGGAGGGAUACAGCAGUUCUGGUUCGCAGACUCCCGAAUCCGAGAACUCGAGAGAUUUCCAUGUGACAGAAUCCCAGACAGUUCUGAACGUCUCCAAGGGAGAAGCGAAGCCACCUAGGGCAGACCCCCACGUGAACAGAGUGCCUGAAGGGAAAGCCAAGAGUCUCCCUGCACACGUUCAGUCAGAAACCAUUGGAAUCUUACACAACGUACAGUCUCAGAAAUACCCAAAUCUCCGCCAGAUUCUUAUAUUCUAUGCAAUCGUGGUCUGCGCACUCAUCAUGUCGACCUUCUACAUGAGAUACAGGAUUAACGCCCUGGAGGAGCGGCUGGGGUCGCUGACCUCCAUUGUGGACAGCCAUCACACCGGGCAGGCAGCACCUUCCGGCCUGGGGUCACAAGUGCAAUUAAACGUGGAGGUCCUCUGUCGACAGCUCACAGCUAACAUCCUGAAAUUGGAAAAGAUACAGAACAACUUACAAAAGUUGCUUGAGAAUGGCGACUGACCGACCAGAUUGCUUGGGCCAACAUGAUACCUCGCGCUUCCCUUUGAAGAAGGUGCUCCCAGAGGUGUCCUGGUGGAGCGCUCCCUGCUGGCCAGAGGAGCGAGCAGCACCACAUCCCCAGCCAUGUUUGCACUUGGAGGUCUCCAGCUCAGGAAAGAGGGGUGGGGAGAAUGAUUUUGGUUCCUGUGCAAUAAAAGUUGACCUUGACUCUUUGAGGAAGUUUUCAGUGCUGCUGUCUGAAGAAAACACCAAUCCCGGGAGGUCUCAGGAAGGACCUGGUGGACACUCCUGUGGAUGCCUGCAGUUCAGUGGCCACGGCGACUGUGUCAGCAAACACACUCCACAACACGCCUUUUCAGUCCUUCCCACUCUCCCUUACACCCCAGCCUUCAAACUAAGGGAUAUAUCAUGUGCCAACAGACCCGACGUGGUCCUUUAAAGAAUUCGCCAUAACUCUCCAAAGGCAAUAAAGAGCUCUGAUGGACAGACUUGCUUCAAAGAAAUAACACCAGCAUUUUUCCCCUUCUACUGUAAUGUUCUAGUUUAAAUCGUGUGUGUAUCCUCUGAAUUGAAUAUUGGCAAGAAUAUUGGGCAAAGCAGAUAAACCAUCCCAUUUAUGCUUUGUUUUGCUCCUCUAACUAAUAAUUGUACUGAUUCUCACCCACCCCAGAUCGAGAAUCUGAGAGCAUGGGACUGAAGCACUAAAUAAACUUACUUUGAAACCAAAACUAAUCUUUAAACGCAAAGGUAUAUGAUUUGACACAGGAUGAAAAACACCAUAUUUUUAAGAUGGUAGGUGGACUAUGUUACUUUUGAAAAAAAGAUGUCUGUAUUGAAUGUUGAACCCCAUUUCAGCAUGAUGAUAGCAUGCUUUUUAUCUUUUGCUGACUAAAAUAAAAAAAUAACUGGUGGUUUGCUAACUUCUAUUUACCAUAUGGGUUGCCUGGUUUUUAUUAAUAAUUAUUUAGGUACUGUAAGAUCUGUAAUAUAAAGAUACUCUGUUUCUAUCUGCAAUGCAUUUUAUAAUCAUUUCUAUGAAAUGUAUUUUAUUUAAUCAGAUAAGCUAAUAAGUGAAUUGGUUACAUCAUUUGUAUCUGUUAGCCUCCUGGACAAGAAUUGUGCCUGGCGCACCCUGGCUUUUAAUAAAUACUCAUGGGUUAAAAUGCCCUGCUAGCA